CUAGACCCUCAAUAGAAAUCCAUGCAUCGCUGUAAUCCGCUUUUAGUCUGGCCAGAUCUAUCCAAUCCUCCCUUAAACAGUACUAGCCCCACUAGUCUCUGAGCAACCAAACUAAGCCAUGGCGACGGCGGGGAUGAGUUCCUGCGGCCGCCGCAGGGUGUUGGUGUUCCCGCUGCCGUUCCAGGGCCACAUUAACCCGAUGCUGCAGCUGGCCGACGUACUCCACGCGCGGGGCCUCGCCGUCACCUUGCUCCACACGCGCUUCAACGCGCUGGACCCCGCGCUCCACCCGGAGUUCGCGUUUGUCUCCGUGCCCGACGGCGUCCCCGCCGAAGUCGCCGCGACGGGGAACCCCAUCGAGAUCAUCCUCGCCAUGAACGCCGCCAUGGAGGCGUCGACGGCCGUCGGCGAAGUCUUGGCGUCGGUGCUAGCGGACGAAGGGCAGCCCCGCGCCGCGUGCCUUUUCAUCGAUGCCCACCUCCGCGCCGUGCAGGAGGCUGCCGCGGGGCUCGGACUGCCGACGCUUGUGCUGCGCACCACGAGCGCGGCCUGCUUGGGAUGCUUCCUCGCCUACCGCAUGCUUUACCAGAAGGGCUAUCUGCCUCCCCGAGAGUCAGAAUUCGACAUGCCAGUGAAUGAGUUGCCACCCUUACGAGUAAGGGACCUGUAUUAUUCACGCAACAACAACCAAGAAAAGGUGAACAAAGUCCUCACUCGAGCAACUGAAACAGUGAAGAACUGCUCUGGUUUAGUCAUCAACACAUUGGAGACUCUAGAGACCACUGAAUUACAGAGGAUUCGUGAUGAGCUUGACCUCCCUGUGGUACUCGCUGCCGGCCCUCUCCACAAGCUCUCCUCUAAGAGCACCAGAAGCAGCUUACUGGACGAAGACUAUAGUUGUAUCGAGUGGUUGGACAUGCAACCCUUGAGGUCCGUGCUGUAUGUGAGCUUCGGGAGCUUGGCAUCCAUGGACUCCAACGAUUUAGUGGAAGUGGCUUGGGGGUUAGCGAACAGCUGCCAGCCUUUUCUAUGGGUGCUUCGACCAGGCCUUGUACAAGGUUUUGAAGGUACAGAUUUGCCAGACGGCUUUGAGGUUGCAGUCAAUGGUAGAGGCAAGGUAGUUCAGUGGGCUCCACAACAAGAGGUGCUAGCCCACAAUGCAGUUGGUGGAUUUUGGACUCACAGCGGGUGGAACUCGACACUAGAGAGUAUCAGUGAGGGAGUCCCAAUGAUAUGCAGGCCCCACUUUGCAGAUCAGAUGAUGAACGCGAGGUAUGUGGAGAAGGCAUGGGGUGUUGGGUUUGAGCUGGAAGGUGAGUUGGAGAGAGGAAAAAUCGAGAGUGCUAUUAGGAGGCUAAUAAAUGAGAAGGAAGGAGCUGACAUGAGGGACAGAGCAAAAGAUCUUAAGAAGAAAGUAGCAGACUGCUUGGAAAGCUGUGGGUCUUCUCAGAUUGCCGUUGACAAGUUAGUCAGCUACAUACUAUCUCUGUGAACUUUCUAUUGUGUGUAUUGUUUCAAGCCAACAUUGGCAGCUUAAUGGCUGAUAUUCUUAGCCAUAUUGUAUUUUUUUUCUCUAAUGAAUACUUCAUAUUAACUCUA